AGAGUGCGAAAAAGAAGCGCGAGAUACAGAAACAGUGGAGGCGGCCACGGAGAGCUCGCGCCGCGCCUCUGCGUUUACUUGCUGUUUAAUAAGCGAUCUAACGACGAAUCUUCGAUCCAUCCACGUGAUUUACACAUGGUGGAGAGUCGGACUCGACGUGAGAUCGAGUUUAACCGGAAAAAUCGGAGUGGAAAAGAAAAACAAAAAAACAGGCGGUUGCUUGGAGAUGUCUUGGUGGGCGCGCGGUGAGGACGGCGAGUGUCAGGACACUGACUCCGACGCCACUGACCCGAAGGACUGUGGGAAAGUCAAAGUGAAGUGGACGCAGGAAGAGGAUGAUAACCUGCGAAAGUUGGUUCAAAACCUAGGAACCAGUGACUGGAAAUACAUCGCAAGUUUUCUACCAAACCGCUCAGAACAUCAGUGUCAGCACCGCUGGUACAAAGUUUUGGAUCCAGACCUCGUCAAAGGGCCUUGGACUAAAGAAGAAGAUGAAAAGGUGAUCCAGCUGGUGAAUAAAUACGGUAAUAAACAGUGGGCUGUGGUGGCCAAACACCUGAAGGGGCGACUGGGGAAGCAGUGUCGCGAGCGCUGGCACAACCACCUCAACCCGGACGUGAAGAAGUCCUCCUGGACUGCAGAGGAGGAUCUGAUCAUUUACAAAGCGCACUGCAUGCUGGGAAACCGCUGGGCUGAGAUCGCCAAGCUGCUGCCUGGAAGGACCGACAAUGCGGUGAAGAACCACUGGAACUCCACCAUUAAGAGGAAGGUGGAGCUGGGGUACUACACGGGCGUGGACACGACGCUGCACUUUAUUCAGCAGCCUGAGGAAGGAGACGUCAGCGCUCAGCAAGACGCCGAACCACUGGAGGAUUUGUGCUACGCUGGAGAGAUGGAAGCUGCCACUGCAGCCGUGGUCACGGAGGAAUCUGUGGACCCUGCACUUCGGGAGAAAUCCGCUCCCACCACCACAGAGUCCCCUAAACCGCCUCAAGCUCCAGCGACGCCCCCCAGCGACACAGACAGCACCACCAACUCCAGCGUCCCUGCCUGGGCGAACGACGGCUCGGGCUUCCUGUCGCCUUCGGCCACGCCCGCGCUGAAGGAGGUGAUGGAUAUGAUGGAAGGGGAUCUGGAGGGUUGGUGUAACCUGGCAGACUUUGAGCUGCCGGAGGAGAGUCAGAGCCCUGACGUGCUGCAGUUCCGGUUGGAGGGCAGCGCUCUACACGAGCUCAGUAAGGGGAGUAAAGGCGAGCUCAUCCCCAUUUCCCCCGGCGGAGCCACGCCUCCGUCCAUCCUGAGCCGCCGCACACGCCGCCGCAUCGCCCUCUCCCCCGAUGCCAACGACUCCAUGACCCCCAAGAGCACGCCGGUGAAGAUCCUGCCCUUCUCUCCGUCUCAGUUUCUCAACCUGUGGACCAAACAGGACACGCUUGACCUGGAGAACCCGUCUCUCACGUCCACUCCCGUGUGCAGCCAGAAGGCCAUCGUCACCACGCCGCUGCACCGAGACAAAACCCCGCUCACUCAGAAGGAGAACUCUGUCUUCAUCACUCCGAACCACAAGGCGGAUCUGGACAGGACCCCUCGCACCCCGACCCCCUUCAAAAACGCCCUGGAGAAGUACGGGCCCAUACGGCCGCUGCCUCCGACACCCAACCUGGAGGAGGACCUGAAGGAGGUUCUGCGCACCGAAGCAGGGAUCGAGCUCAUCGUAAAGGACGAGAGUCCGGCUGAACAGAAACCCAAAGUCGUGCACCGGCCUCCCAUGAAGAAAGUGCGUAAAUCUCUCGCGCUGGACGUGAUAGACUGUAAGGAACCCCGCCCCGCCCGACGCCAGCACUCCAAGCCUCCUGCCAAAGCCAGCAGAAAGGCGGACCGUUCGCUUUCGUCCUCCUUCAACUCCUCGUACACCGUGAAGAAGGAGGAGAACGUCCUGGACCAGGGUUUCAUUCUCGGGCCUAACGAAAGCGGACCUACGGUUCAACGAGCUCCAUCGAACCCCAAACCUGUUCCACCUGCUCCUAUGUCUCCAGCGUGGGAAGCGGUGGUUUGUGGCCGCACUACAGAUCAGCUGAUCAUGACGGAAAUGGCCAAGCGUUAUCUCCGCUCUCUGAAAUCGAACGCGCACAGCCGAGCCCUCAUCCUGUCCUGAGCCUCUGAACUUCUCCGCCGUCUCCGAUCAAUCACUUUCUACAACAUGAAAACAUAUGGCAUUUGCUCCUGUUGUGAAUUAAGAUGUAAAAAAUAUUUUGUUAAUAAUGUAAGAAAUAAAAGAAAAGAUCUUGGGGCAAUGUUUAAAGGUCAUGUUAAAGGUGCUUUCCGUAUCUUGUCUCAGGUUAUCUCGAGAGUUUAACAUACAAAAGGCAUUCACUUUGUUCAUAUUUCAGGUUUUUGUUUUGUUUUUUUCGUCAGUGCUUUGUCAGGAUAUCAGGAAUGUCAGUGGGAAGCGUCUGUGCUCUUAACUGGCACCGUUCAUUUCUGUGGAAAUCAGUUCAUUACAGUUCAGGGUUCGUUUCACGUUUACAUUUUUCACAAUGAUAGUAUUAAUAUGUUUUUUUUCUGCCUCAAUCAGUGCAUAGUAACGCAGCAUCCUGAAAACAGCUAGAGAUUUUUAUUUCCUUGCUAUGAUAUACAGAUUUUUUAAAUAACCCAUUUUCAUACAUAAUGAUUAAACCUGCUCCUCAUGUCCACUGUGUGUUAAUUGCUUCAAUUUUGUACAUGCUAUAACUGUGGAAUAAAAAAAAUAACAAGGUUGCCUUGUUGUGUAAAAUAACGUAAAUAAAUAAAUAAAAAGCAUUUAG